CGACUGUAUUCAGCUCCUGCACCCUGUGAUUUAUCUCACUGUUCAACUGCUACUACAUAUAUAACCCAGUUUCCUAAUAUGGCCUUCUUAUUCACGUCAGGUGCACUUGGAACUUCUAGAUCAUGCGCUCGUUACUGACAACUUUUCAGGUAAGUAGAUACUGCAAUUGGUAUGAUCUGAGCCUUCCCAAAACUGCAGUUUCCCUAACCGGUGGCUGCUAAGGUCCAUAACAGCCGCUGCUGGAUGGAUUUGUUUUCUCCCUUUUCUUUCUGUUACUAGUUAACUAGGUAUCGCUGACAACAAUGGAAGCCAUCCAAAAUCUCGUCGUCGUUAUGGCCGCAAUCGGCUUUGUUUUUGUUGGAGCCAAUGCUUUGGUUACCGGCAUCAAGGCCGCGAGAGCCGAGUGGGGGAGAGAGAAUCGCGUUCCGGAGAACCAGGGGGAGGGGGGGCGGACUCGCUUUUUGAUGCGAGUGUUGAACGCGGGAUACGCGUUCUUGCGUGCGGUGGCCCGUCUCGAGGCCACUAGAAGCGGGGUAGGGCCAGGUGCCCAGGGACAGGCGAUCUCUGGUGCUGUUGGUGGUGGUAGCGGUCCUGGAGGAGGAGGAGGAGGAAGAGGAGGAUAAGGGGAGGAAGAGGAGGAGGGU